CACAACCCUUACACACAAUUACUAACAAGCUUAAUUUGACAAGAGACAUUUUCUUUACUUACUAUCAAUCUCAAGUCAUUCCAAUGGAGAAGGCAACGUGCUUGGUCCUGGCCGUCACCAUGGUGGUGGUUGCACUUGCACCACCGCAGGCGGAGGCAGCCAUAUCAUGCGGCACUGUGGCCAACGACCUGUCCCCGUGCAUCAACUACGUGAUGUAUGGUGGGGCGGGGACGCCACCGGUACCAUGCUGCACCGGGAUAAAGACCCUCUACAAUCAGGCAAGCAGCACCGCUGACCGCCAGGCUGUUUGUGGGUGCUUGAAAUCUGUUGCCGGCCAAGCCAGCCCUGCCAUCAUUGGCACAGCCGCCGCACUUCCUGGCAAAUGUGGCGUCUCUAUUCCUUACGAGAUCAGCCCCUCCACGGAUUGCUCCAAGGUUCAUUAAAGUUGACGGAGCUGCUGUCAGUUUUCCCUCCUAAGCUACGAUGGAUGCAUGUAACCUGCAAUCUAUUAAUAUUAUUAUUAUGCUAGUACGGAGUUUGUGUUGGUAGUAGGAGUGCGUAAGGAGGAAAUUAGUAAUUUGCAAUGUGAUGAUGAUCCAUGUCCAUCACCUCAUCAUAUUAUAUAUAUGUGUGCUACUCUGAUUUCCUUUAUUAAGUAUGAAUUAAAAUCUC